AUGCCGCCACCGUCACCGCCGGAGAAUGUACGGCCCGGGGUUGAGGAGGUGACGGGCACGGCCACGGCGGCGCAGGUGAAGACCGAGGCUGGCGAAGACGACGGCGGCCUCAUCAACGUCAAGCGCAACGUGAAGCUGCGGCGGCUCAUGGACAUGUACUGCGGCAAGCACUCGCUCGACCCCAAGGCCGUCCUUUUCCUGGAUGCCGAGGGCCGCCACAUCCGUCCAGCUCAAACGCCGGACGACGUCGGGCUCAAAGACGGCGACGAAAUCGACAUACUGCUCAAACAGGACGGCGGCGGCGGGGCGCCGCUGCACGCGACGUGCGAGCCGGACUCCUGCGUGAAAGCCGCGGUGGGUUUCCGGGUUUGA